AUGGAAGCUGGAGAACUGGUUCCACUGGAAGUAGUUCUUGAUCUCAUCAAAGAAGCGAUGCUGAAAGAAGUUGCUAAAGGUUCCAAAGGCUUCUUGAUCGAUGGUUACCCUCGAGAAGUGAAGCAAGGGGAACAGUUUGAAAGAGAGAUCCAAGAGGCGAAAUCGGUGAUCUUUUUCGAUGUAUCGGAUGACAUCUUGGUUCAGCGACUUAUGCAUAGAGCCAAAACAAGGUUCAUCAAAAUCACUUAUCAAAAAUAG